AUGCCGAACGACGCGCCGCCGCAGCCCAUCCACAGCGCCAAGGACGCCUUGGACGCCCUCGCGGGCAUCCUCGGGGGCACGCUCCCGGGCCCUGUCGCCGCGGCCGAGGACCCCGCGGCCGCGCUCCUCAACGACCCCGACGUGGCGAGCGCCGUGACGGCGCGCUUCCGCGGGGCCGGGUCGGGCGCCGGGAACGACGCCCUCUGCCGCUGGCUCUACGACGCGUUCCGGGCCAACGUCCCGGGGCUCCAGCUCGCGGUGCUGCGCUUCGUGCCCACGCUGGCGGGGGUCUACAUGUGCCGCGCCGUGUCGCGGAAGCCGCUGGCCGGGUUCGAGGCCGUGCUCCUCGCGCUGUACGCGCACGCCGCGGCGCAGCGCGGCGCCGGGCAGGCCGAGACCGUGUCGCUCCCGAACCUGGCGAACCCGAGCCCGUACCACGACGCCAAGGUGCCGCCCAAGGGCAAGCCCACCGACCUCGACGUCGCCGUGCUCUCCCAGCCGCUGGAGCCGCACGGCACCAUGCGCGCCACGCGGCGCGCCCGCAUCGUCGGCGCGGUCCUGGAGCUCUACCACGGCAAGCUCGCGCACAUGCCGCUCUCCUCCAAGAUGGACUUCUGUGAGUUCUGCGUCGCCUGGGCGGGGACGCAGAGCAAGCUGGACGGCGCCGACAAGCCGCGCCUGCCGCCCGCCCCGGAGGCCGCCGCCGCCGGCGGCGGCGAGGAGAAAUGGCGGCGCGUGCCGCUGCCGUGGGAGCUCUUUCAGCCGGUGGUGCGGAUCGUCGCGCACUGCCUGCUGGGCCCGAUGCGCUCCGACGAGCUGAAGGCGCAGGCCGCCCGCGCGGCGGAGUGCCUGUACUGGCGGGCCGCCGAGACGGUGGAUGCGCCCGCGUUGCUGGCCACCAGGAGCCUCGUAAGGCUGUCGCAGAUGGCGGAGGAGCCAAUCCCGGAGCCGUCUUUCUCCACUGGCGCCAUCGAAAACAUGGCGGAGCUGGAAGCCAUGAAGGCCAACAUCCUUAGCACGAAGAACUGACAACUGAUCAUGCACAGGGAGCACAUUGGUCUAGCAAGACGAACUGACAGCCGAUCUCCCACAGGGAGCACAUUGGUUUAGUAGGUUGGAUUGGUGAUCAGGGAUUCAGGUAAUGCAACCACAAUUUUCGUGAUAUAUAUGGCAAAUAGAUAAUUUUCUGGCGAUCAGAUAGGACAACUUUCCUUAUGCUUCUCUGUUAUACUGUUCAACA